CUAACACAUAAUUAAACGAGUAGUAGGACUGCAUAAGCUUGAAAAGGUAAAGGAAAACGCGUUUUAGUAGUUUUGCCCAGAGUUUCUCUCCGAGAAUUCCACGAGUUAGACGAAUAUUUUGCCAAAUCUUUUCAGACCGUUGGAUAUGCUGUAGGACCAUAGCUCUAGCCAAUGAAGGAAAUGACGCUGAUUUGGAGCGAUUUUCUAUAUAAAUUGUCCUUACUUCCGUAGUUUACACUAUUUUACGUUUUUUAUAUUAUGUUUAUUCACCCUCGUUUUUAUCCAUAAACUAUAUACAAGCCGAAAUGAAGUACCUUAUCUCGUUGUUCGCUUUAGCCUUGGUAUCACAGGUUAGCUCUAAUGCUGUUCCAGAUGCCUUGCCAGUUGCCUUUGCCGCCGCCGCUGCUUCUUACCAAUGCCACUCCUACUGUGGGAAUGCAAUUGUUAAAGCUAGACUCUGUGAGUCUGGUACCGGAUACGACACCGACUGUUUGUGUGCAGCCAAUUCCCCCUUCAGCGGAUUGAUCUACGAUUGCUUAGACUGUGCCUGGUGCUUGUGGAGUGACUACGGCAAGUUCUUGGAAGCUCCUUUGGCCGCUUGUAACUUGCCUAGCCUCCCUACCGGUACUGAAUGCGCUCCAAGUGCCACCGUUGCGCCAACCUCUGCUAAAACCAGUUCCGAAACGACAUCCCAAGUCACUGUUGAGCCACCAACUACUGAGACGACAUCUCAAGCUACCGUUGAUCCAUCAACUACUGAAGCGACAUCUCAAGCUACUGUUGAGCCAUCAACUACUGAAGCGACAUCUCAAGUUACCGUUGAGCCAUCAGCUAUUAAAACGAGUUCUGAAAUCACUGUCGAGCCAUCAACCAUUGAAAUAAGCUCUGAAGUCACCACCGAGCCAUCAACUACUGAAGCCGCUGCUGAGACAUCUAUUACUGAAACAUCCUCCGAAUCUAGUUCUGCUAGCGUGGUUACUGAACACACAUCCAGCAAAUCGGCUAGUGAAGCAGAUACUUCCUUCGCAUCUUCUAGUGAAUCAGAAGCUUCCUUUACUGCCGCUAGUGAAUCCGCUAAUGAGUCAGACGCUUCCUCCACUGUUGCUAGUGAAUCGGCCAGUGAAUCAGAUGCUUCCUCCAUUGCUGCUAGCGAGUCCGCUAGUGAGUUAGAUGCUUCCUCUACAUCUUCCAGUGAAUCAGACGUCAGUUCCUCUGCUAUUAGUGAAUCGGCCUAUGAAUCCGUUAGUGAGACAGAUGCCUCCUCCACUACUGCUAGUGAAUCAGCCAGUGAAUCCGCUAAUGGAUCAGAAGUUUCUUCUACUGCUGCUGGCGAAUCAGGUGCGGCCUCCACUGUUGUUAGUGAGCUGGCCAAUGUAUCUGGCGCCAUUUCUACUAGAACUGGUCACCCACUCACUACUACCAUCACGACUUCUUGCACUACAUCUACUGAAUCUGGAGCUAAAUCUACUGGUGGUGCAGGGUCUGGUAACGGUUCUACCAGUGCCGGAUCUGGUAAUGGUUCUACAGGUGCUGGGUCCUGUAAUGGUUCUACUGGUGCCGGAUCUGGUAAUGGUUCUACAGGUGCUGGAUCUGGUAAUAGUUCUACUGGUACUGGAUCUGGUAAUGGUUCUACUGGUGCUGGAUCUGGUAAUAGUUCUACCGGUUCUGGGUCUAGUAACGGUUCUACCGGUGCUGGAUCUGGUAAUGGUUCCACCGGUGUUGGAUCUGGUAAUGGUUCUACUGGUGCUGGAUCUGGUAAUGGUUCUACUGGUGCUGGAUCUGGUAACGGCUCCACUGGUGCUGGAUCGGGUGCCGCCUCUACCGUGUCGUCUUCCACUACUCCAGAAGUGGCCACGUACACUGGUGCUGGAUCUACUCAGAAAGUGGGUGUUUCCAUUUUGGCUGCUAUUGCUGUAUUGUUGAUCUAGAUGUACCAGAAGGAAAUACUGGAUAUUUCAGAUACUGAUAUACAUUUCUUAUAGAUUUGCAGCUAGCUGCAAAAAUCACUGUUUUUUUUGUUAGUUUCGACAAUAACCGGAGCG